GCUGGCUCAGGUACAGGCGUACCCACUCUUCAAACAGCUGACAGUGCCACAUUACACAGUGGGGGGAUCAGUAAGAUCUCUCUCACGCUUCCUCCAGUUACUUUCACUAAUAUUCACUCCAUAACACUCUUCCCCCGUCUCCCAAUGAAGAUAUGUGAGAGAUGAGACCAUAUUAGCCUGCUAAUGCACUGCAACAAAUACACGUAUGUUCGUUGAGAAUAAGAGUGGCAAGGCAAAGGGCAACACCAAACUAAAGGAUCUGAGGGACAAGGUAUGGACGUGCGUCGGUGUGUGUUGCAGAUGGCGAUAGUGGUCGUCUCCUCCUUCAUCAUAUUGUAUUACCUGGGCAGCUACAGCACUGCCUCCUCCUGGAGCCUCCCAGCCCCCAAGCCCUGUGGUGUUGCCUGCACUGUGGAGGAGUCCCCCCACUUCGUGCUCCACACGCCGGCUUGCAUCAUCCCAGACUUCGACCCUAAUCACCCGAGCAUCGUGCAGUUCAUGAAGACUGAGAACGGGAAGGUGGUGUGCUCGACUCGACGCCCGCUCACGGAGACCAAGGGGCUGGUCCUUCGAGCCUUCCCAGACCGCGCUGGGGACUAUCAGGUCACCUGGGCUUCCAUUAACUGCUCCUACCAGGGCAUCAGGAGGAUCCAGCAAGACCCCAACAGAUACAAUACGAACUGUGAUAAAGAUUCCAGGGUGAAGGAAAGCGUUAUUCCCAUAACAAGGUGGGAGACUGCCAUACAGGAGGACGGUAUACUUGUGAGGUGCACACAUAACAACACACUCAUCUACAAGAAUGUGCACUACUUCCUGCAGCCCAACAGAGUUCAGGACAAGCGAGACCAGUUUCAGAAGGCGCACGGGACGCGACAGCCACGCAAGGACAAGUUGAGUGUCAUUAUAAUGGGAACAGACGCUGUGUCCAGGGGCAACCUGAGACGUCAUAUGCCUAUGACCUUUCAGUACCUCAAACACAGCCUUGAAGCCAUUGACCUCCAGGGCUUCAACAAGGUCGCCGACAACACAGAUCCGAAUAUGAUGGCCGCCCUGAUGGGGAUGACCUACGAUGAACUAAUGAAACAUCCUUGUCAACCAAAGAAGAAUGCCAAGUUUGACGACUGUCCCCUGAUCUGGAAGGAAUUCUCCAAGCAAGGUUACGCCACUGCCUACGGAGAGGACGCGCCAUGGAUGGGUUUGUUUCAUUAUGGGAAAGUUGGAUACGUUAAAGAACCAACAGAUUACUACAACAGGCCAUAUUUCUUAAUAUCCGAGAAGGAAAUAAGCCAUAACGCAGAUAUUGGGUCGUCCAAUGGAAAAAUUUGCCAGGGAUAUAAUCUGAGUAUGAGUGUCAUCCAUGAUUACUCGCUCUCCGUGGCUGAGGCUCUGCAAGAUAUCCCAUACUUCGGGUAUUACUGGUCAGCUUCUCUCACUCACGAUUACCUAACUAUGGCUAAGAGUGCGGACGAACCUUCGCUCAAGUACCUCCAGGAAAUAUAUAGCAAAGGUUACCUCGAGCACACAAUCCUCUUCUUCAUCAGUGACCACGGACAGCGGUGGGGGGACUUCAGGUCCACGUACGCCGGGAUGCUUGAAGAAAGAUUGCCAUACGUUAUGAUUGUGUUUCCUCCAUGGUUUAAGGACCAGUACCCCGAGGCCUGGGCCAACCUGCUCACCAACACUCGAAGGCUCACAUCAACCUUUGACAUCUACGUCACCCUGCUGGACAUCCUGUCCCAGGCAUAUCAACACCUCUCAUCAGAACCCACAGCAUCCGUGCACGGUCAAAGCCUGUUCCGGGAGGUGCCGCUGGAGAGGACAUGCAAGGAUGCCUCGGUCAGCGAACACUUCUGCGCCUGCCAGCUGACGACGGAGGUGGACGCUACGGACAAGCGGCUCAAAACGGUCGGCCAGUUCGUGGUGCGACAGCUUAACAAAGGACUCAACGCUUUUCCUCAGUGCGUCCCGCUCAAGCUCGAGAGGGUGUUGCGGGGACGCCUGGGCACAGCGAGCAACAGCACCGUGCCCCGAGACACUGAGAGCGUCGCCAUCACUUACAGUGUUGCCAUCGUCACCAGCCCAGGCGAGGCUGAACUUGAAGCAACAGUCAAGUACCACAUAAGACAGCAUGAGCUGGUCAGCGACGUCUCGCGGAUAAACCAGUAUGGUAACCAGAGCCACUGUACCACUGACCCCGUCUACAGGAAGUACUGCUACUGUAGGGACAUGCUGCCCAAGGCCACCUGAAACUUCACUAAUUGGACUUAUUUAAAAUUUUCUAUCUCAUUUCUUGAUCGAAGAAGUGGAAGGAAAUGUCUUCUGAACAAGAGAAGUGUGAGCUGUUUUCAAGCAUGCAGUUAUUAUUAAAAGGUGUUUAUUAAUGACGAUUGGAGAGAUAAUCUGAUAUAUUGCUCAAUGCCCACCCUCUUCCAACAAAUAAAAUAUAUAUUUAUAUA